AUGGCCUGGCGCAGCUCCGGCAACUCGCUGGCCGAGCUCGUCGACAACCUGUGCGCCCACGGCCUCAUCACCGACGACCGCGUCAAGCAGGCCUUUCUCGCCGUCGACCGCGCCCACUACGCGCCGCGCAGCCCCUACAAGGACGCGCCGCAGUCCAUUGGCCACGGCGUGACCAUUUCCGCGCCGCACAUGCACGCGCUGGCCGCGGAGAACCUGCUGCCGUAUGCUGCUGGCAACAGCGAACACGGCGCGCACAUCCUGGACAUUGGCAGCGGCAGCGGCUACUUGACGCACGUCCUGGCCGCGCUCGCCGGGCCCGCCGGCUCCGUCGUCGGCGUCGAGCACAUUGGCGCGCUCUGCGACCAGGCGCGGCACAACAUGGCCAAGAGCGACGACGGCCGGCAGCUGCUGGCGACGGGCCGCGUGCAGUUUGUCGUCGGCGACGGCCGCAAGGGGGCGCCGGCGUCGCUCGUGGGCGACCACGGCUUCGACGCCAUCCACGUCGGCGCCGCGGCCGCCGAGCUGCACCCGGAACUCCUCGCACAGCUGCGCGCGCCGGGCCGCAUCUUUAUCCCCAUGGACGACGAGGCCGACGGCGGCGCGGGCGACCAGUGGGUGUGGCAGAUUGACAAGGCGGCGGACGGCACGGUGACGAAGAAGCGGCUGAUGGGCGUGCGGUACGUGCCAUUGACCGAUGCGCCCAAGUGA